AACUUUUAUCACCGGGUCAGCAGUGUAGUGUUGAUAUGCCAACAAAGUUAGAUGUCAUUUGUACAUGACAACAGUAGACAGCGUCGACACACAGUGAACAGUAUCUCCGUCCGUCACAGUGUUCGACGUCAAGUAAAUUUCGGAUCACAUCAUGGGCUUCUGGUUGAUCUUGGCAACAAUAGUCCUAGUGUUGUUUCUCUACUACUGGCUCAUCGAGAAUAAGAAUUUUUUCGAUAAACAUGAAAUUCUCUACGUCAAACCGGUUCCCUUCCUGGGUAACAUGGCACCGAUAAUUUUCCGACAGACACCGAUGGUGGAGAACAUAAACAACAUUUACAAGUUAAAUAAGGACGCCAAAUACGUGGGUUUCUUUGAUUUUGGAUGUCCGGUUGUGAUGAUACGUGAUGUGGAACUCGCGAAAAAUAUAACUGUCAAGUACUUCGAUCAUUUCGUCAAUCAUCGUGGCUUCGUUGAUCCCGAACAGGAGCCCCUCUUCGGCAACAAUCUUUUCUCUCUCCACGAUGAGAGAUGGCGAUCGAUAAGAAAUCUUCUGAGCCCUGCCUUCACCUCCAGCAAAAUGAAGGGCAUGUUCAAGCUGAUGUCCGAUUGUGCUUCUACUUACGCUGAUUAUUUCGCUGAUCAAUCGCGAGAAAAACCGUUCGAGGUCAGCUCCAAAGACGCAUUUACUCGUUACACCAAUGAUGUCAUUGGUACCUGUGCAUUUGGAAUAAAAGUGGAUUCCAUUAGAAAUCGAAAUAACGAAUUCUACGUUCUGGGAAGAAAGGCAACAAAUUUCGAAGGAAUACAAUCUAUCAAAUUUUUUACAGUUCGAAGCUUUCCAAGAUUAUCAAAUUUACUCAAAAUCAGACUUAUCUCUCGUGAUGUUGAUGUCUUCUUUCAAAAUCUCGUGAAAGAGACUAUUGCUAUGAGGGAUGAAAAGGGAAUAUCUAGGCCGGACAUGAUCCAACUGAUGAUGGAGACCAGAAAUAAUAAGGAAGGAGAGGGUCCCAAGCUGACGAUUGAAGAGAUGACGUCUCAGGCCUUCAUCUUCUUCUUCGGUGGUUUUGACACUUCCUCGACAUUGAUGUGCUUCGUGGCUCACCAAAUCGCGGACAGGGCCGAUGUCCAGGAGAGACUCCAGAGGGAAGUAGACGAGGCUUUUGAUAAGCACGAUGGAGAUCCUCCCUACGAAGCUGUUGCCAACAUGGUUUAUCUCGAAGCUGUGAUCAACGAAGCACUUCGGAUGUACCCGGUGGCUCCGUUCCUGGACAGAGUUUGCAAUACAGAAUUUGAAUUACCCCCAGCUCUACCCGGAAAAAAGCCAGUGAUGUUGAAACCAGGAGACAACGUGUGGAUUCCAGUUUAUCCGAUUCAGAGGGAUCCCGAGUUCUACCCCAAUCCUGAGGUCUUCGACCCCGACCGCUUCAUCAAAAAUGGACGGUCAUCCGCCAACUCAGCGAACUCUUUGACAUUCGGUCAAGGUCCAAGAAUGUGCAUUGGAAACAGAUUCGCCCUUUUGGAGACUAAAGUACUGCUGGUGCACCUGUUGAGAAAGUGCUCGUUGAGACCUGGCAAGAAGAUGAUCCUACCUUUUCGCUUGAGCAAGACCAGUUUCGCUAUGACCGCCGAGGGUGGAUUCUGGAUGGAAUUCCAACGGCGAGAUGUGUAAACAUCAAAUAUAUAUAAACAAAAAAAAUUCUAUGGUGUAAAGAUGAUUUAUGGGAACUAUUUUUAUGGAACAAAAAGAAAGUGCGACGAUUUCAUAUCCAGAUUGAAAAAUCAUCGCUUUUAAUAUGAAGAUGUAAUAACCACUAGUUGGAAAUAAAUAUAUACAUUCCUAUACAUGCGAA